UAUUUAACACGCUAGAACUGAAGUAAUAUACCAUCACCUAGAUGCAAUGAGUGCCAAGUGUACCAUUCAUUCUCAUUAGAAAUAGGUUCUUGUGACGCGUGAAUCAUAGGUCAAUGAAUUUGAGUCGAAAACCAUAUCCUUAGAGAUGGGUUCUUGUGACUCGUGAAUCAUAGGUCAAUGAAUUUGACUGGAAAACUACAUCCUGAUAGCAAUAAUAUCAUUUUAUGGCCUUCGACAAGUUUCUUCCCUGUCACGAAAUGCCUCUGCCCAUCUGCAGUCGCAAGCUGUGCCUUCAGACCUCAAUCUCUAUCACUUGGACGCCUUCAAACCUUUGCGAAUUCGCUGUGCCCUGCCGUCAGCAAAAGAAAAUGCAGCAUCAACAGACUGAUACGCUCUUUCGGCGAGGUUGGGAUUGUAGGUAAGUGCAACAGAAAUGAGGCAGUAUUAUCAAUUCCUUACAAUGAAUCUGCUCAACUAGUUCCACCACAUCAUACUAUGUCAGAUAUCUGUCCUCCUGAGUUCAGCAUUUGGACAGCAGAAGAUGAUUUGGUGCUCAAGAAUGCGGUAGAGGUUACCUAUCUGGCGUGAAGAUUAAGUUCAUUUUACCCCUUUGUACAUUACAAAUGUGCUUAGUUCAUUUGGCAAGACAUUUUUUAGGCAUGGAACCGAUUUAGCAAUUAAUCUAGGCCACUAGUUAAAUUAUAUUCAUUACUGUUAUUUGAGGAAUGAAAGCAGAUUUAAUACAACUUGCACAAAGACAUACUUCAUCAUUUCGACAUUUAAGCGGAUUGGCCUGGGUACAUACCAGCCUGUUGGCGAUGGGGAGGGAUGCUUACUAGGCACUGGUCCUUCAUCGCUGGGAAGAACCAGCACCUAGCCCUUUCACAUCGUCUGCUGACUGAUGCAUUCCCAAGGCAGUCCUCAUGGUUGUCU